AAACGAUCCAACGACCGGUGAGAGUGACAGCGAACGAGGCUCGGCACACGCGCACCGCCGCGCGAGAAAGUUCCACAUUCGAAAUACGAAUUUGGCGCCAAAGUCCGCCAUUUUGAAAUACAUCGCGAUCGAUAUUCCAUAAACUGUGCAAAAUCUAUUGUUUUUUUUUAAUUUUAAAUCUGUGCGUGCGAUUGUGGGAUAGUGACUUUCUAAUAACGAAUGUUUAGCAGGAUGACUAACUCAAGGAAAAUUAAGGUCUGGAUCUGCAUGCUCUGCAUGGCGACCUCAAUGGCUGCCCCAGCACAGAGCCCUUUGGAGCUAGACAUCAUCGACAUGGCAGCCAUCAGCAGAAUGUCUCCACAACAGUUAGAAGUACUAGCUGAAGGGUUAGCGGUAGAGGAGAUUAUGAGGACAAAACGAUCAUCUGCACAAGCGUUGACAUCAGCCGUAGUAUCGAAGGCCUCGUCAGGGUUACAGAGUAAAGUCAGUCUUCUGGGUCAGGCCUCGUCUGGUGCUGCAUCAUUCAUUGCGUCAGCGUCUAGCAAGACUGGCCAUUCUGCUGAUACGGGAUAUUCAUAUGAACCGCAAAGCGAAAAAGUGGAUUACUGGGGCUUAAAAAAAUCUAUCCUAUACACUCUCUUCCAAGCCGUAAAAGCCAUCACCGGUGGUGUAACCAUCCUGAAAGGGCAACUUAUUAAGGGAGGUGGAGCCCUGGCAGCCACAUUAGGCAAAGUGAUAUCUUCAAAGGGCGAUGCUGUCAGCAACAUUGGAAAGAAAAUCGUCAGCUCAGCAGCUUUGAGUCCAAAGAAACCAGUCUCUACAGCAGUGUACGGUCCACCGCCCACACACAUCGAGUAUGGUCCACCGAGCGCUUACGGCGCCACCGCACCAGCGCACUACGCUCACACCGGACCGUCUGCACCCACGGGCUUCGCUGCACACAAGUACCCUGCGCAGUUAGAUGGGAGGGGCAAACUGAACGGUCUGCACGCUGGUCUCGUGAUACUGACACCAGUUGGUGACGUCACCAGCGAUAACCACCACCAACAUCAAGGAUACACCCCACUAGAACCACCGCCUUCGAUACUGAACACAGUAUUUAGUGCAGUCAAAGAUGUAUUCUCAUCGGCGGCACCAAUCCACGCAGAAGAUACGGCUAUAAUCGACCAAAUGCCUCCACCACCCCAGCCAUACCCACCUUUUAAACCAAUGUCAUGGGGUGCUGUUAAUUCAUACGGUGAACCAGCUAUGGCAGAGUCUUACAACGACUACGAUCCAAGACAUACAUACUCUUACGACUACGCCUCAUCCAAGCAUUCCGUAGUCCCUACUGUUCACAAACACGAAGGUUUGACAUCAGCGAAAAUCCAAAAAAUAAACGCCAAUAUUGCUAAAGUCAACGCGUAUUUGAAUGAAAACCAGAGAUCUUCAGAAGAACUGCCAACUUUUAACAAAAAGUAUGCAGAAUUACUUAAGAAGGGCGUAGUAUCACUAUUACCGACUCCAGUUGUGAAUGAUAAUGAGAUUGGCGUGCUUCCGGCUGAACUAUUGCCAGACCCAUUGACGACUACGAGUACAUCGACUACGAUUAGAACAACUACGACAACGACUACUAAACCAAAGAACGAGACGGAAAGUAAAGAAAACACUAGGAGAAAAAAGGAAAUUAAAUUCAUACUCCGAGGCAACAGGAUCGUUCAAGUGUGACAAAUGACUCUUGACUGACCAGCGAGAGACCCCUAUCUACGGAGCCGUGAUCAACGGGGAACAACUUCAACACUACCCGGUGUAGUUUGUAAAUAAACCUAAUUUAUUACCAUCAACCGCACCAUACAUUACAAACUAAAUGAUUGACUCAUUAAGGAAGUGAUUUUUAAGCCUAAAUUUAGUAAUAUGUAUUGGUUUACAUAUAAGGGUAAAGAAUGAAUUAACCUUUGUACUGUGAGUCACUACUCAUACCAUUUACGCUAAAUUCACUUGUCAAUAAAAUAGUUAUGGAUACCUAAUUUAAAGCUUUCUCUUCUUUGAACUCUUUUACUUCAGUGACAAAUAAUAAUCACUCAUUAAUUACUUCUUCAAUACUUUGUUCAAUAAUUUUAAUACGUCUUUAUACAUUAUGGAUACAUGUUGCUUGUUUUAACCUCCAUAGGUACUGAUUGCUUUAAGUUUAAAUUAAUUUGUCAUCAUCAUCCUAACUUAGGCUAAAUUUAGAUCAACAUAUUGGUUUGUUCAGUUACAACAGUUUACACUUCUGAAAAUUGUUUUCACUGGUAAAAAUCUUUUCGAUAAAUCCAAUUUCGUCAUUCGAGAAUUUAAAUUUCUGUCCGUGAGCAUAUACCUUCAAGUUACUUGAUUCAAUCGUUCAUUUCACAUUACUUAGGUAUAUCAUCUGUUAUUAUUAUCGUGUCAUUUCAUCGCUUAUCAUUUACUUACAUUAAUCAUCUAUGUAGUUUAAAAUGAUCAAAGGUUUCAUUUUAGUCUUUUAGAAGUUUGUAAUAUAUGGGUGCUCUUAGAAUAAGCAAUAAACUGUAAUGUAUACGUCCUUGUAACAUAUUUCGGUAUUUUGUACUAUAUAGUUUAUCAUUGAAUUGAAAUGAAAUCGGAACCAAAAAUAUUAUAAGAACUUCAUCUUUUUUUAGGAUGAUUAGAAAUCAAUGCAAUUUUGCUUGAGUUCUUCAUGUUAUAAUUUCGGUAAUUUUUAUAAUAAAAUAAUUAAUGAUAAAGAACGUUCUGUGCCUAUUUGAAAAAUUCUUUCACCCAUUUGAAAGAUUAAAGAAGAAGAGUAGUUCUCUACUUUAGAAUUGUUCAUAUUAAAUGUUCUUAAUUGACGGCAUUGCCCGAGUACGAUAUUUGAACCCGGGCAAAGUCGAGACAGGCCACUAGUUAAAGUAAUACCUAUUACCUACCUAGGUUAAAAUUCAUUUUCUGGUGGUGAAUGAUUAACUUUUACAUCUUAACUAUAUAAUUUAUUUAAGUAUUUAUAGUGUUUCACAAUAGAAGGAGUUAAAUUAUAAAUAAAAUUCUAAAUUAAUUUUGAUUGAUUUCACUGAGGAAUCUUCGGAUUUUCAGGUGGUUUCUGUCGAAUCAGGGUGACGUUGUCGCUUAGAUUCGUCGGUUUUUCGGAAAAUAAUAAAAGAAAUCAAUAUAUUACCUAAUAAACUGCCGCAAAAUAAUGUCUGCUUUUGUUCAAUGUUACAAUUUUAUUUAUAUGUAAUACAUAGAAUUAAUAACGAACGGCCAGAAAAGUCAUGCCUGUGCGAGAUAUAUUUUAGUGCAUAAUUGUUAUGUCUUAGCAUAACACGUGCAAGCUCAUACUCGGGUAUACUCAUAGAAUUACCAUCUCAGUUCUAGUAUUCAAUAUAAAAUUUCAAAACUAUAAGAGUAACUUAUCUAUCAUUUGUAAUACAGUAUUAUAAUAAUUGUGUAUCUAUCUAUUAGUACUUACUUACUGUUAAAAAUUGUAAAGAUGUUCUUAAUUGUACAUAAAAAUUCGCUCAGAUAAUUUAGAUUUACUUAACUAUUAUUUAUGUUCUUACAUAUAAGUAUUUACUAUUUCGUGUAAAUAAAUUAAUAAAUAAAUCGAAAA